AUGGCCGGCCAUGACGAGCUCUUUCCCGUCGGCUCCACCUUCAGUCCCCAGGAUCACGAGCUCAUCAACCAGUUCCUCCGUCAGAAGAUCGCCGGAGCAGACAGCGGCCGCUUCAGCAGCUUCAUCCACGAAGCCGACGUCUACUCCGCGCCACCCGGGGACCUCAUCGAGAACCGUGCCCACGCGCCUGGCUCCGACAAGGACGACGGGAAAGGAGGCGUGUGGUACUUCUUCUCGCCGCUCCGUCGUCACGAGACCAAAGGUGGCCGCAGCGGAAGGCGACAGCGUGUCGUCGAUGACGACGAGGGUUACAACUGGCACUCGGAGAAGAGCAAGCCCGUGCUAGACACUCAAGGUAAACGGGUCGGCCUCAUCGACCAUCUUUCCUUUGGGAUCAAGAGGCCUGGAGCAGCUAGAACCAGGGUUGGGUGGUGCAUGAAGGAGUACGGCCUCGACCACGACGACGAACAAGACGGUGCGGCCGGACUGGUGCUAUGCAAGAUCUACGUCUCACCCCACAAGAGGAGAAUACCUACGCAUCGGUAA